AAUGUUACGACAAAAAAGACUAAAGAGUACAACCUAAGGAACUAGAGAUCAACUUCUUUGCAGAAAUACUCAUUACAUUUAGUUUGAAUAUAUUGUGUAUAUUAACUUCUCUGUUCUUCUGGGAGGAAUCCUCUCUUGGGGGAUAAUGUGGCCUCUCAUUGAAACAAAAAAGGGAGAUUGGUUUCCUGCAGAUGUCGAAUCCAGCAGCAUGCAUGGUCUCCAAGCUUACAAGGUGUUCAUAGCUGUUGCUAUAAUCCUAGGAGAUGGUUUAUACAACUUCUGCAAAGUCCUGAGCCGGACGCUCUCAGGACUAUUUGUACAGCUUCGAGGCACUUCUUCGAGAGGAUCAUUAACCAUCGAAGAAGAUCCAACCGCUUCUCCAUAUAGCCCAAAGCAAUCAUACGACGACCAGCGUCGCACACGCUUCUUCCUCAAAGACCAAAUCCCCACUUGGUUCGCCGUGGGAGGAUACAUCAUCAUAGCUGCAACAUCCACAGCCAUACUCCCACACAUGUUCCACCAGCUGAGAUGGUAUUACAUCCUAGUCAUCUACAUCUGCGCGCCCGUCUUAGCCUUCUGCAACGCCUACGGAGCUGGACUCACGGACUGGUCCUUAGCUUCGACGUACGGAAAGCUAGCCAUAUUCACGAUCGGAGCCUGGGCGGGGUCAGAGCACGGCGGGAUGCUGGCAGGUCUAGCAGCUUGCGGAGUCAUGAUGAACAUAGUCUCCACAGCUUCUGACCUCACUCAAGACUUCAAAACGGGUUACCUCGCGUUAUCAUCACCAAGAUCAAUGUUCAUAAGCAAAGUGAUAGGAACAGCGAUGGGAUGUGUCGUGUCUCCCUGGCUGUUCUACAAUGCGUUUGAUGACUUAGGCCUCCCUAACAGCGAGUACCCUGCGCCGUUCGCCACCGUGUACAGAAGCAUGGCUAAGCUAGGAGUGGAAGGUGUGUCGUCGUUACCGAGAGAGUGUCUUGUUCUGUGCUAUGCUUUCUUCGGCGUGGCGAUUCUUGUGAAUAUAGUGAAAGAUAGUUUGCCGAGCAGGUGGGGGAGGUUUGUGCCUCUGCCCAUGGCGAUGGCGAUACCGUUUUUCUUGGGACCGUACUUUGCUAUCGACAUGUGCGUGGGGAGUUUGGUGCUUUUCGUGUGGGAGAGAGUUGAUGCGGCUAAGGCGGGUGCGUUUGGGACUGCGGUGGCGUCGGGUUUGAUAUGUGGAGAUGGGAUUUGGUCGCUGCCGAGCUCGGUGUUGGCUAUAGCUGGAGUUAGUCCUCCUGUUUGUAUGAAGUUUCUGGAUGCUGCGACGAACUCGAAGGUUGAUAAGUUUUUGCACAGACCGUAGUCUUGAAGACAUGGCACAAAGUGUAAUGAUACUUGCUUUUUUUAUGAGUGAUUUUUGAAGGUGAGAGGUUGUAUGUAUAGAGAAUUAGAUACAGAGGAGCUUGUUUAAAUUCGUAACUGGACUGUUUAAUGUUUUAUAAAGUAGAUCAUAGAUGGUUCUGUUUCUAAA